UACCGGUGAUAUAUAAUAAGCCGCAUUCCUCAUCUGUUAGUUUGAAGAGUCUUUGUCUUCUGACCGUGAGCGACUGACUUUUUCUGAUCUUCUCCUGCUUUUGAGCUCCUGUAUAAUACCAAAACUCCACAACGAGAGACGGCAGUAUACUCAGAUGAUCUGAGAGAUUGGAUUGAAUCAAGAUGCUGUUGAUCAUUGAAGCUCUUCUCCUCAUUUUAGCAGCUCUAGAACAGGAUCACAGAGCCGCCGCUGAGAAGAUAUUUCCACUGGGGAUGGAACACAAAUCUGUCGACGAUCAAUACAAUGGCUGCAAAGGAAAAAUGGCAAAUCUGGUGAAGACCAAAUAUCUGCCAAAUGAAUUGAAAAGCAAUCCUAAAUUUAAACAAUACUGGAAAAACAGCGCGAAGGUCGUGAAGUUUGGUAAAGACCACUUAACUAGAGACCAUUUAAUCGCCAUUCACGUGUACACUGGUAAAUAUGUGUAUCGUCAGUUUAACGAAGACACGCGUUACGGCAAAAACCAGUACAAGCACAAGAAAUACAAGUGGCAUGCGCUGCACUUUCUGUUGACCGAAGCGUUGCAGAUCUUGAAGAAGAUGCACAAUAAAUGCUUUCUAACCUACCGUGGUACUACGGCUAAUUUUGAUAAGCACGUCCUCAAUAAAGAGAUCCGCUUUGGUCAGUUUACGUCCUCCUCCCUAGAUCCGAAAAUAACGCAAGGUUUUGGAUCGAAGUCCUGUUUUGAGAUUAUAACUUGUGAAAGUGCCGAGCUGAUGAAAUAUUCUCAGUAUCCUUACAUUAAAGAGGUGCUGAUCCCUCCAUAUGAGAAGUUUCGGGUCACCGCUGUCCGGACCAAACAGUAUUAUAAAGAUCUGUGGUGCGACACGGUGUACACUUUGCAGAGCGCUGGAAGAACAAGUUAUAUGAACUGCGAACUGAUCAAGAAACAUUAAAAUUAUAUACAAGAGGUAAACAUGUACAGCUGAAGACAAAAAUUAUAAGCCCUUGUUGUGAAAUUGUAAUUUGUUUACCAUUGUUUACUAUACAAAUAAAG